UAUGGAGAAGCGAAGGGCUCCUGUUGCUAACACACGAGAACACUCUUUAGCUGCCAGCUGGCGCGCCGACCGAUGGGGCGUGUGCUCGAUGGGACGCAUAUCAAGUAAGGCGAGUGGCAGCGGCUUCAGGCAGUGCUAAUCUGAAACAACAGCGCGGUACACGCUUGCUUGGAUCAGUUGGCUUUAUAGGAAACCGCGUCGCGUGGGUGUGCACGUGUGUGUAGCACUUGGGAAGGACUCAGCUUGAUUUGAAGACGGAAGCUCCCGGCAAUACUCCAGAGAUGGGCCGCCUAUACGUCUCAUACAUGAUGGUUGUCUGCCAGAUGGCGUGCCGCGCAGCUGACUUCUUUAGUACAAUUUGCCGUCUCUGAAAGUGCAUACGAAGGUCUUGUGGAAUACCCCGGAAGUGGUGCCUCGAUGUGGAUGUUCGCUGUCAAUAGCGUGUGACGGAAGUGCUGAGGAAGGACUGAUAGUAUACGGAAUAGAAGGAAGCCUGCCACAAGGAAGUGCCUCGGCAAGGUUGUGAUCCUGCAGAAGCGUAGUUGCUGACGUCCGAGAUCUGCUGGAGACAACCGGCACGCAAGCUUUUGCAAAAUUAGGCUUUUGUCAUUCCACUUUCUGUUUUUGAUCGCAAGAGUCCAACCGGACGGAGGUCAGAAGAGUGCCGUUGGGUAUAGGAAAGUUGACGCUUAAAAGAAAGUUCCCUGGCAAGCAGUACUCUGACAGCUCGGACUUGUUGAGACGUGCCCGUUACCGCGUCAUACCUAAUGCCCCCGCUGGGACAACUAACAACACACAGCGCUCUCAUGAUGUGCUUGGCCAGAGCAGGUCUCACCGUGCGUGAUGUACUGGUUACAUAGCUCUGACAGUUACGCAUAACUGUGAGCUCUACGACAGGAAGGGGGAGGGAAGACACUAUCGUGACUAGGCAACAACAUUACGGCGAUAUUGUUCCUCUGGAAGAGUCGCGGAUUCGACAGAUGCCGAAUGGACGAAGUGGAAUCACUGGGGACGUCAUCUUCCAUUCUGAACCGAGUUCCUAAUCAAAGCGCCUUUGCUUUUUGGCGACCUUGACCUUGUUCUCCACGAAGAUACGUCUCUGUAAGAAACUGCCGAGCGUAGUCGGAGUCGGUGAACUUGUCUCAAACUAGGGCACCAAGUUUCAAGACGAAUCUCAAGAUGACGCAUCGCGAAUCCUCCUGGAACAGACGGCAUCAAGGUCCAGACGGGCCUUGGGCUUGGCUCGUGGCUUCGGCUGCGGCCUGGAAUCUCUUCUGGCUGAGUCUACUGCGUCGUUCGGGGGGUGUGAUCUUCGUCGCCCUGGUGUCAACGUUCGGCGAGAGCAGAGAGAGGACCAGUUGGGUCAUCAGUCUCAACAUGAGCCUUGCCAUGCUCUUAGGUCCUCUGUGGGGCUUGCUGACAAAGUUCCUGUCUCUGCGGACUCAGACCUUGUUGGGCUGCCUAAUCGUCGGCGUCAGCAGCAUCCUGUGCUACUUCGCACGCAGCCUGACCGCUGUGAUCGUCUUGCAAGGCAUCUGUGGUGGUAGGUUGAGUACUUCUACGCUCUUUUGCUCGCGUUCUUCGGCGUACCCUGUCUCCCGUACAUCUUGAAGCAACGAAAGACAC